AUGGCGUGGAAGGGCCGCGAGGCAUGGAAGCACCUCGAGGCCAAGGCCCCUGAUGAGGCCUACAUGCAAGAGCUCCGCCGGCAGCACCCGAAGGUCGUGGAGGCAGAGCGGGUGAUCUUUACCGGUGUGAAGGGUGGCGAGGUUAUCGUGCUCUCCUCCGAUUACAAGGUCGAAGGUGGCGAGGACAGCGGCACGGAGGGCAUUGAGGUGGGCGGCGAGGACGAGGAGAUCGACGUCGACGAGUGGAGGAGUGUCUUCCCCAAUGACCCCGACAACGACACCGGCCCAGACCCGGCUCGCGGCACACCGCGCGCCGACGCGCUCGUCGUCGCCGGCCCCUGCCUCGUCCCUACGCCCCGUCACCGCCGGCGCCUCCUCGUCUCCUCCCCAUGCCGGACUCCUCUGCGCCCCUCCUCUCCCUCGCACGGCUCCCGCCUGAGCCGUGGCCGUCGCCAUCCGCGCGCCGCCGUCGAUCUGGAACUGGGACUCGGCCCCGAGGCCACCGCCGCGCGGAGCUCGCCGUCGUCCGCCCCGUCCCCUCCCUCGCCGGACCGCGUCGUCCCCGCCUCUCCUUCGUCGGUCCUCCCCGCGCCUCGCCGCCUCUUCUCUUCAACGGGGGUGAGCUCCCCGUCGGGCCCCGUCCGUCUUCCCCCCUCCGUCCCAACGCCGUGGCCGCGCUCGGUCCCCGCAGACCCGCGCACCAUCCCUGUGCGUGCUCACCGCCGCCGCUCCCGUCGGGCCCCCGCCUCCCGCCUCUGCCCCCGUUGCGCUGCCGCGCCGGUGUGCCCUCCAGCCCGCUCGCGCCCCACUUCCCUCACCCGUGCGCGCACGACCGAGGCGGCCGUCGUGCCCGCCCGCCUUCGCAUCGCCGGCGCCGCCCAUUCCGGCCACCCUCGCCGCGGUCCCGGUCGUCGCCCGGCGCCGGCGCCCGUCUGCGCCGCUGUACCCUCUCCUGGGUCGGGCGCUCGCAUCGCCCCGCACUCGUAUCCCCCGCGCCCGUAA